UAAAUUAUCGAUUCCUUCGACGCAUAUAUAUUCAAUUACACGGGUUAUCUGUGUUCUGUACGUUCCCAUGAAGUAUAACUGCUCUUAAUCGUCACGCGUUUAUGCUCCGUGCGAGAAAAUCAGAUUAGGACCUGGCACGCUCAGUCAACCGUCACAAGAAACCCGAGUAUAUGUCGAUUAACCCCCGGAGAUUGGCGUCAUUCUAUCGCCCGCGGUGUUGUAGAAAAUAUUAACGGUCAGUUUAUAUUAAAGUGCCGGUUGUGCUCGACGAAAUGACCACGGAAAACCAGCCCCGACGGUUAGUCUAUGCGGAACGCUGGUUUCUCAGCGCCCGUGACGCCCCGAUCGCUCCGCCCCCGCCCAGCCCGGGUUCCGGGGCUGUCGACUGCCGGCAGAUCCUGGCCAAACACCUGGACCCGGUGAUCGUGGAGGUGGACGGCGGGAAGCACGCCCUGGGCUUCCUGUGCGAUGUGGACCGGCCGGUGGGUCGCGUCCUAGUGGAUUGGGGCUCUAACCGCCCGCCGCGGUGGUUGCCCUGCGACAAAGUCUACCAGCAUGAGCCGCUCUCCCGGAGCGCCACCACCGCCGGGAUGCCGGUCAUGGCCGCGGUGCGCCGGGACUCCGCCGGCCCGUUCCUGUUUCGGCCGGGGCGCGUAGUCUGCACCGGUUCCCGGUGUCCUUCCGGUCUUGUUUAUGUCGAGGCCGAAGCGGAUCGGGAAGCGGGAGACCCCUCGACCCUUCGGCGGCACUUCGUCCAACCGGUGCAGCUCCGCCGGAUGUGGCCGAAAUCACGUGGUGAACCGCACUUACACGCCCUGUCCCCGGUGAGCGAUUACGGCCUCCUCGGCAUCGACCCGCAGGUGGUGCGUCUGGACCCCGACCUGCGUCCUGGACAACUGGAUUUAGCGCGGUUGAUGCGGGCCUGCAACGAUUACAAGCCGGAGGUAAGUAUACGCUUCGCAGAAAGUGUACAAUUCAGGGCAUGGUGCAGGUACGCUCUGCAGUGGGCCAGCGCGCUGCGCAUCGCGGUGGAGGAUCGGGACGUUCGGGUGGUCUUCGAGUACCACGCUACGCACGUCCGGUUCGCGCGGUUCCCGGAUGGCGUUCUCCGGGAACUGGUCCGGGCGUCCUGCACGACCGCGGCGACGGCCACCGCCCGCGGAGGCCUGGACUUUUGGCUGCGGCGGCUGCCGUACGAGCUGCAGGUGACGGUCCUGCGCAGCAUCCAGGACAUCCACAGCGUGGUUAACGCUCGAAGGGUGUGUAGCGCGUGGCAUGACACGCUGACCGGCCACCGUCGGCACGUGACCAUCGAUCUGCAAAGGAUUGCAGGUGGUCCGGAGCCGGCGCCCCGGUGGGCGCACUUGAUCCACGUUCUGGAACAUUCCGUCGACCAGUCAACGCUGUCCUUGACACUGAUGGACGGCGACCUCAGUCCGGCGCUGGAGGCGGUCGUCCACCGCUUUCUGUCGCUAAAGAGCGUCUGCCUUCCGGCGAUCGUUCUGCGGAAGGUCACUUGUCAACAUCCGCUGACCGCCAUUUAUCGGCAGCAGAGGUUGCACUGGGGCCGACUGGGCAAUUUCAGCGUAUUAUGCCGGACACUGCAUCUGCAAAAGGUCACGAUGACGUCCCUCUUCGAGCCCAUCGCUGGGUUGUGGUGCUCGCAGGAGCAGGUCCGCGCCGAUCUGGAUGUCUACUUAAGGAGGGUGUGCAUCGAUUGCAUGCGGCCGGUCGACGAUCAAGUGCGGGAGUUCCUCGGCGCGGUCAACCGCAGCUGCCGCGCCCUGACGCCCGCCGAAUGGGAGGACAUCAGUCUGGCUUGUGACGAGCUGGCUGUCGGCGCCGGCCAUUCGUUCCGGGUGCCGUUGAUGCUGAAAUUUGCCGGUUGUGCUCGACGAAAUGACCACGGAAAACCAGCCCCGACGGUUGGUCUAUGCGGAACGUUGGUUUCUCUGCCGGGACGCCCCGAUCCCUCCGCCCCCGCCCAGCCCGGGUGCCGGGGCUGCCGACUGCCGGCAGAUCCUGGCCAAACACCUGGACCCGGUGAUCGUGGAGGUGGACGGCGGGAAGCACGCCCUGGGCUUCCUGUGCGACGUGGACUGGCCGGGUAAUCGCGUUCUGGUGAAUUUGGGAUGCUUCAACCGCCCCUCGCGGUGGUUUCCCUGCGACAAGGUCUUUAAGCAUGCGCCGCUCCCCCGGAGCGAAAUCACCACCGCGAUGCAUAUGGAGGUCAUGGUGGCGUUGCGCCGGGACUCCGCCGGUUCCUUCCUGUUUCAGGCGGGACGCGUGGUCAGCAGCGGUGCCCGGUGUCCUUCCGGCCUGGUUUGUGUCGAGGCCGACGCGGAUGGGGAUCCCGGAAGCGCUCGGGGUUGUUUUGUGCAGCCGGUACAA